CCCACCGCCGCCGCCUCCGCCGUCGUGCAGUAACCACUACUACUGGUUCGCGUCGCUGUUCGCUGAUAACCGGCCGUAGAUAUAAAUAUUGGAGUACCAAAAAAAAAAAAAAAAAAUUAAAAAAAAAAAAACUAAAAACCAACCAACACAACACGGGCGCGCGCACGCACGCACAAGAAAACACGCACGCACCGUGCGCUCGUACACCACUACUGCUAUUAUUAUUAUUAUUAUUAUUAUUAUUAUUAUCAUUAUUGUUGUUUUCGUUCGCUCGUUUUGAUCGUGGACGUUCGUCGUCGUCGAACAUGUAAAACAACGUUUACGCGGAACGGAACACGACGCGCGACACGCGUACCCCGUGAUACGAGACCGCGCAGCUCGAACACCGUCCGUGCACCCGUUGUCGCCGAAAACCGACGGUUCCAUCGGCCGACGCGUAACUGACCACAGUCUAGCAGGGAUCGCGUGCAGCCAUCACAGGUGUACAACGGUCGGCCGAACGCGUUAACAGUCCCCGGGUCUCCAUUGUCGUUGCGCUCGCGGACGGCGCGCGCGAUAACGAAGCGACCGCGGUGUCGUUGUUAUGCGCGUCUCGCGUCCCGUUAUCGGCGGCCAACUGUUAGCGACGACGGAAUGCGCGAACGCGCCCGCGACGACGACGCGUGUUGUUGCUGUCCGCUUGCUGUCCGGCCAGACGUGCCGCCGCCACUUCCACUGCUUGCCGUCCGCUAGCCGCUCUGCCCGUCCGCCGCCAGACGCUGUCCGUCGCCCGUGGCCAUCGGUGUCCACGACGUGCCGCGCGGCGUAAAGAGCCGCAGAACACACACGGACGCAUUCCGCAUACCUUCGCCCACGGUUUAUGAUAGAAUAUGAAAUAAAUAAAAUGGAAGACAGAAAAAGGACAUUGGUUUCUUCUGGUAAUUCCAAUACAUCAUUAACUCCUGUUAAACUUCAAAAACUGAAAGCUAAUGACAAAAUAACCAAUGAAAAUGAUAGUGUUUGGAGUAUUUCAAAAAUAACUAGGGGUGCUAGUGUAAAAAGUUCAAGUUCCAAAACAGUUAUGAAACAUGCUUUACGUCAACAGGCUAAGCGAAGACGAAAAAAUACAACAAUCGCUGCUGGAAAUGUAGCGCCUCUUCCUAGAAUUAUACACCCCUCAAAUAAAAUAAACACUGAUGAAGGAGAAUCUAGAGUACCUACCAUGUUAGAAGUAUUAUCUUCAAUUCCUGGAUUCAGUUUAGUAAAACCACGUAAACGCCCAGGUUCUAAACGAUUAUCGGCUGCUGCUCAAUUACAACAAGCAAAGGCUGAAGGCUGUGUUGAUUUAGAAACACCAGAUUCUGUUCUUGCACAAAUAAAUUUAAGGUCCCUUUUAAAUAAACAAACUUUUUCCAUGCUUCCUCGGCUGUAUCAACUUAAACUUAUUCAACUGUUACCACAAGUUGAUCGAGAAAGUUUAAGUGAGACACACUCUGAUUUUAGGCCAUUACUUAACACAUCUGUUUUAAACAAUGAGUUUUUUGCUCAAGCUUGCCUUGAGUGGACUCAUAGACUAUCUGAAGGCGAAUUUACUCCUGAAAACCAACAAAAAAUGAAAAUGGACAAUGAUCGUGAAAAAAGCAAAUUAGAUCCAUUUAAACUGAAGUAUUUUGAACCGGUUUGGGGUGAAAGUAGAUUAUCCAACUCUGCAAAUUCACAUAUUUCGGACUGUAGUACUCCUAAAUAUAAAAAAACUGAAACAAUUACUGCUCCAGUGCAUACCUUACCUAUUACAAGAAAUGUGACAUCAAAUUCUGCAAAGACAAAUGCAACAAAAUCAAUAAAUACUAAGACAAUAAAUACUACAAAAACAAUUAAUUCAUCCAAAAAAGCAGUAAAUGCAACAGCAACCAUAACAAGUGCAUCUAAAUCAGUAAAUACAACCAAAAAAAUUAAUUCAUCAACAAUAACAGUUGCAGCAACAACAAAUGCAGUUACAAAUAUAAAUGCAAUUACAACAAAAAAUACAGCUUCAACAAAAACUACUACCACCACAAAAAAUAUAGCUACAACAAAAAGUACUACUACCACAAAAAAUACAGCUACAACAAAAAGUACUACUAUUACAAAAAAUACAGCUACAACUAAAAGUACUUCUACCACAAAAAAUACAGCUACAACUAAAAGUAUAAUGUCAACAAUAAAUACAAUUACAACAAAAAAUACUAAAUUAAAUGCAGCAACAAAUGCAAUAUUAACGUGUUCUUCAUCAGAUGAAGUUAAAUCUGAGGAUAUAAAAUUAGAACUACCAUGGGAUUCUGUUGAUUCUACAACAAAUUAUACAGUGACACCAUUAAUAGAAGAUGUAAUUUUACCAAUUAGUGAAGAAAUUCAAAUUGAAAAUCUGCCUUGUAGUGAAAUAUUAAACGAAACCGAUAAAAUUAUCCGUGAUGUUAAUUUGGAUGAUACAUCUUCAGUAAUUAGAAAUUGGUCGUCAUUAAUGAAUGAUGAUUUGGACACAUUAAUACCAGAAUAUGAUUGUAUUUCUACUUCAAAAGCAAAAGAACCAACUGAAAGUGAAGUGCAAUUAGAAUUAGAAGUUACUCUUACUCCAAAAAUGGAUGAUGUAAACCCAGAAAUUGAUCAACUGUCUUCAAAUGAUCCAGAUAAUAACAACAUGGAUAUGAACAUUGUACAGGAACUUCCAAAAAUUGAUUCUCCGCCGCCUGUGGUUGUUCAAAUACCUAAAGUGCCUAGUAUUAUUCAACCUCUUGUUAUAACUUCUUCUAAUAGUUCACCGUUGCCUAGUACACCACCUUUAUCUAUGUCUCCAUUACUUCAGUCACCUUUAGAAACAAAUAUUCCAAAUGAUUUUUCAUUCAUAAACACAUUAUCUAAUAUUUCUUCAAUCCCUUCUGAUCGUCCAGUUCACCAUACUUAUGUGUCAUCAAUUAAAUCACAAGUAAGCUCAAGUAGUAGUGGAACAAGUAGAACUAGUAGUAGAACAACUUCAAAGCAACCACCAGGUGCUAUUAAUUUAGAAAGAAGUUACCAAAUAUGCCAAGCUGUAAUUCAAAAUAGUCCUAAUCGUAAUCAACUCAGGUGUCAACUAAAGCCACCUCCAUCAGUGUUCAUGGGCAAAAAUCCUAAUAUACGAAGUGGACCUGUAACGAAACAGCCUGGACGAAACAUCAAUAUCACCAAUAAUUCACAAUCUAUGGUUGUUAGACAUGUAAUUACAUCUUCUCGUGGCAUUUCAGUUCCCGUGUCAGUUGCAUCUCCAUAUUCGCCUGAUCAACAACCACUCACUGAAAAACAAAUGGGGCAAUAUUUGUUGGUCCAAAGGUCAGGCGGAAUAACAGGUAUACGUCGAUCGUCCAGUGCUCCUCCUACAAAUAAUAAAAUACCAUCAAUCAUAAAUGGUGGACGACCAGCAAGUGUAGGUAUACAAGUAUCUACAUUUGCACAGUCGCAGCCAACAAAUGAUUGUUCUUGUAGUCUGAAUGCUAUGGUAAUAUGCAAGAAGUGUGGAGCAUUUUGCCAUGAUGACUGUAUUGGUCCUUCCAAACUUUGUGUAACGUGUCUUAUUCGAUAAUAUUUUAAGUUUAAAGGUAUAUAAUUAUUUUAUUUUUAUUAUAGCAGUUAGAUUAUUCUUACCAAUCUUUAAUAAUUAUU